AUGGCGUCGAUGAACAUGUUCAGUCUUUAAUAGAACGUUUGCAACGCUUUAAUGAAGCACAAGUUGAAGAGCCCGAUGAUGAUAUUCCUUGUGAUGACAAUGAUGAAAACGAACCGGUGGGAUAUAUGAAAUUUACGUUGGAAGAAGCAUUACAAAAAUUUAAAUCACAAUAG